AUGGCCGCCGGAAACGGAAACACCUUCCGCCUGAUCACCUGGGCCCUGAUCAUCCCCAUCGUCCUCUUUUACGUCCUCUCCCUGGUCGGCUGCAUCUCCACCUCGCCCGGCGUGCCCGACAUCUACCUCCUCAAGCUCAACGCCCGCAACGGCCCGACCGAGGUGCGCGUGGGCUACUUUGGCAUGUGCGCCGGCACCAACACUACCAUGUCGUCGUGCUUGCCCUCCUUCUCGCUCGGCCGCAAGGACGCCGCCGACUCGGGCAACGGCAACAACAACAACAACAACAUCUUCAACACCACCGACCCGGCCCUCCUCCGGCUCGUCGACCUGGGCCACGAGGUGCAGGUGCGCGUCAUCUUCUUCGUGCCGCUCCUGCUCGCCAGCGUCCUCUUCUUCGUCUCGGCCACGACGGUGGUCGUGUGGCGCAACGUGCCCCAGGUCUCGGGCGCGGCGGCCGCGGGCGCCUUCAUGAUGCACAGCAUCGCGCUGGGCCUGCUGCUGGCCGCCGCCACGGCCGUGUCCAUGGUCAUCAACGCGCUGCACUUCGCCGUCGUCGAGCUGACGAAGGGCCAGAACGAGAUCGAGGUCACGGGAGGGUCCGCCCUGCAGGCCUUCCAGUGGUUCACCGUCGUGCUGUCGGUUGUCUGGCAGUUUUGCAUGCUCCGGCAGUACAGGGGCGACGCGAGCAGCCUCAAGUUCUAG